AUGGCCAGGACUUUUGACGAAGCCGUUAGAAGUUCGCUUGGUUGCGUCUCAAUUAGCAAACACCUACUCUCGCUGGGAAACGAGAAGAAAGCCGUCAGUUACUUGGACACCGUGGAACACAUUCUGGCUGCCCUUUGCUCCCAGCUCACCUACCUGCAACGAGAUAAUGUGUUCAAAGCGCUACAUCUUAACAUCCACAACGUUUUGCCAGAAGCGGCAAAGGGAAUCCUGGACGUGGAAGUCCAUGAGGAGUCCACCCGCGGGAAUCGUCCGCCACUGUUUGGCCCUAAGCUGAUCAAGAAGCUCGAGGAGCGAGGAGGAUCAGAUUUAGUUUCAAAAUUGAAACGAUUACGUACACCAGCAAAGGACACCCGAGGAGCGUCAUCGGGACAACGACGCAUAGAAGGGGGACCUCCAAGCAAGCGUCUUCGCGCGGAUCGUCAGGAGCGCCAACCCGCACCGAGGACAACCUAUGAAUCUCGUGCCUCUGGAAGAGGAUCAAAGCCGACUGUGGACCAAUCAAAAGCUGCGCGAGGCAGAGCUCCCAUUCGGUUGCGAGGAAAG